UGCGCAUGCGUGACUUUUAACUAAGAAAACAUGAUUGCAAGCUUGCUGUUUUAUGUGCUCUCCCCUUUCUCACGGUACCUGACCGGCCACCUCUCAGAGACAAAGAAGAAUCUCCCUUCUGCAGAAGUUAGCGGCUCAGCAGUGUGGGAUGGUGGUGGUGUCACAACCAAGAAGUUCACACGGAGUGAGACAGCUCCGCUGGACCACUGGGUCAGUGCAACCAGUGAUUCGAAAGGAGAAAUGAAAGAGAGGCUAGAAGAAUCGAACCCAGAAAAGGAAGAAGAUGCAAGGCCUGACAUGGACAAAGAACUGCAGAUGGCUGUCCUGCAUAAAAACACAAAGAAUGAUGCAGCUUUAGAGAUGUGUGAGGUGCAAUGUGAAGUCCAGGAGAAGGAAACAGAGAAGAGACAUGGACCACAGCAGGAGAAAGUGGACACUCCCAAGAAGGAGGAUGGGAAACUGCCUAUCCACUAUAAGGUGCUGCAUGGUCAGCAAGACAUAGAGGAUGGAAGUAUGUCCUCAGCUGGGGACUUCAGUCCAGAGCAAACACUUGUGGAACAAUUAAAGUACCUCCAAAUGGAUGACAGCAUACAAGAAACUACCUGUCCAGAACAGAAGCAAACACAGAUACAAACCUCAGAGGAGUCUGUAACUACAGCUGAUAUCAGCACACAGGAAAAUAUCCAAAUACCAAACGUGGAAAAGUCACAUUCUCCAGCUGAAGAAACUGAGUGCUGGGAUGAAUAUGUAGAGCCCACUGUGGAUGAAGCACACAAUGGAGCAAGCGAGCCUACGCUGUUAUUUGCCUCCCUUCUCUCCAACACUCAGACCGAACUGGAACUCAGCAGACAGGAUGAUGCACAGGCAGCCUGGCACUUCCCUGCAGGUCCUGGUCUUGCAGAAGAAGUGCAGUGCCCACCAUGGCACCUUCCUGCCAUGAGCUACUACCCUUCAGCGGAACCAACAAUGCCCUUUGAAGUAAUGUGGAGAGUAUGGGAGGAGUUGGAUGAGAGGGCCACUGCAGCAGAGCCUCCGCUGAUACCCUUCCCACUGAGAAAGGCCUCGAUGGACUUCACUGUCAUGUCCUACAACAUCCUUGCUCAGGACCUGCUGGAGCUUAACCAGGAACUGUACACACACUGCCCCCUGGAGGUUCUGGACUGGAACUACCGCUGCAGCCUGCUCCUGGGGGAAAUACACAAAUGGACACCAGAUAUUUUGUGUCUCCAAGAAGUUCAGGAGAACCACUACCAUGAACAGCUUCUUCCCGUCCUGUCUCAGAUGGGCUACACUUGUGUGUACAAGCGGCGUACUGGGACCAAGACAGAUGGCUGUGCCACUUGCUAUCGUAGCAGUUGCUUCUCUGAAGUAGCUGUCACUGAGCUGGAGUUCUUCAGGCCUGAGAUAGAGUUGUUGGACCGGCACAACGUGGGCAUUGUGCUGCUGCUUCGGCCAGUGUUCUCCCAGGGGUCGGGGGUCAAGGAGAAGGUCCCACCCCUCUGCGUGGCCAACACCCACCUGCUCUUCAACCCCAGGAGGGGCGACGUGAAGCUCGCUCAGUUAGCAAUGAUGCUGGCAGAAAUUGACAGCGUGGUGAAGUCCUGUAAGGCCGACGGUGAACACUGUAACGUUAUAUUGUGCGGGGACUUUAACUCUGUACCACACAUGCCUCUGUACCAGCUGAUCACCACCGGCGAGCUCUACUACCAGGGUCUGCCAGCGUGGAUGGUAUCAGGUCAAGAGGAUCUGUCACACAGGGCCAGUUGUUACAGGCUGUUCGCCCCCCUGUGGCCCAGCUCUCUGGGAAUCACUGACAACUGCCAGUACGUCCGUCCUCAGUACGUGAACUCGAUUCCAGGGGUGACUGACAACACACCAGAUGCUUCAAAGGGAAAUCAGCCUUAUGAGAACAGGUUCAGACACAGUAUUAGUCAUCGGCUAGACCUGGAGUCAGUCUAUAAACACAUUCUCCCAGGCUCUGGCAAUCGAGAAGUUACAACUCUGCACUCCGAAGCAGGAGAUACUGUCGACUACAUCUUCUACUCCCCAAAACGCAGCUUAACCUCUGAUGAAAAAGCUGGCGACCAGUUUGCGAGUGAAGGUCUGAAACUUAUUGGCUGUCUCUCUCUCCUGUCUGAGGAUGUUUUGUGGUCGAUGCACGGACUUCCCAAUCACAUAUUUCCCUCUGACCAUCUCAGUCUUGUGGCCAGAUUCCAGCUGGAUGUGUACACCACAUGAUGGGAAGGACUGCGGGUUGAACUCAGUGAAACGGACGUCGGAGGAUAAAGUUUAUUUCCGUUCAAAAGAUUCAGAUCUCGCUCUGCACAAGUGUGUUUUUGUUAGUACGAAUACCAUUACUUGUGGUUCACCUCUGGCAGCAGAGCAUCAUUUUAUAACUGAAAGGAAGGUUAUGUUUUUGUUCAAAGAGCAGAGGAAACAGUGAAUGCCAAUGUCCCGUCUUGUUACAUGUGGUUUUCAUCUGAUGCAUGAUUUAGAGCUGGGACAGAACUGUUGAAGGAUGCUGUAGGAGUUAAUUUAGCAACAAAAAAAGAAAAAAGUUAAGGCAAUGAUGGCUUUAAUUGGUGUGAUGAUACCUGUUCAGUUUUGCUGUUGCUAAAGGCGUUAAGUUUUUAUUUAUUUGAAACUUGAAAGAGAUAUAUUUUCAGAUGGCGUUGAAUAAAUAUUUUCCAGUAA